AUGGCGUCCAAGGCCGUUGCUGAGAUAGUCGAUGACAAGCAAUGCAGUAAAAGCGCCGCCGAGUCGUCCGAGGCGGCGCCUUCUCGGAGGCAGUCCGAGGAGCUAAUUGGGGGAGCAGGCAAAUCGGGGCCUGCCUCACCGAGAGCAGUUCCCCCAGGUGAUGUGGCCACGUCCAGUGGAGUGAAAGAACAAGAUAAAGACUGCAGUUCUGUUGACGGCUCUGUGAAACUGGACGAAGACGAAGAUGCGGAGAAGAGCUCGCUGCGAGGGAGCGUCAAGGAUAGCUCCGUUUCUGCCAAGUACAGCGACGGUGCAAGCAGCCUGACAAAGGCGAGCGGCAGCACCAAGGUCAGCGGCCACGCCGAUUUGGUCCAGAGCGGGAAGAGCAGCGUUUACCGGGCCAGCGCUGGCAGCGAUGUCAGUGAUGAUAGCACCUGUAGCAGUAUAUGCAGCAGCGCUAGCAAGCCUCACAAGUCCAAUGAUUCAAGGUGGGAGGCGAUUCAGGUGAUCCGAACCAAAGAAGGUUCGCUAGGAUUGAGUCACUUCAGGCUGCUUAAGAGGCUUGGCUGUGGUGACAUUGGCAGUGUUUACUUGUCAGAGCUUAGUGGCACGAAAUGCUACUUUGCUAUGAAGAUCAUGGACAAGGCGUCUCUAGCUGGCCGCAAAAAGCUUCUGAGAGCCCAGACUGAAAGGGAGAUAUUGCAGUGCUUGGACCAUCCUUUCCUUCCGACUUUGUACACCCACUUUGAGACUGAUAAAUUCUCAUGCUUGGUGAUGGAGUUUUGCCCUGGAGGGGACCUGCAUACCCUAAGGCAGAAACAGCCUGGGAAGUAUUUCCCCGAACAAGCUGCCAACGCCCACCCCAAGGAGAGCCCACAGUCAAAAUUAGCUUCCCAACUUACCCCUGGAAAAUUACUCUCUUGUGGGUUCGGGAACGAUUCUUUGGACGCGAGGAGCGAGUCGAGCUGGCUAUUCCCGUUGAACGUUGGCCUUGACCUGAAGGACCUCCUCGUGCAAUACGUGCAGUCGGAAGAUAGAAAUAUCAGCUCGUAUCAGUCGGUACUAACAAACAGUGUUAAGUGUACAAACUCAUGUUUAUCUUUAAAAUAUUUGUACAGGUUUUAUGUAGCAGAGGUGCUUCUUGCUCUAGAAUACCUGCACAUGCUCGGUAUCAUAUAUCGGGACCUCAAGCCAGAGAAUGUUCUUGUGAGAGAAGAUGGCCACAUCAUGCUGUCAGAUUUUGAUUUGUCCCUUCGUUGUGAUGUGAGCCCUACACUUCUUAAAUCUUCCAACCCUGGUGUAGAUCCUAACCAAAAGGGCAAUCAAGCUUAUUGUGUACAACCGGUGUGCAUUGAGCCAGCCUGUAUCCAGCCUGCUUGCGUUACGACAACCACAUGCUUCUCUCCUCGCUUUUUCUCCUCCAAGUCCAAGAGGGAGAAGAAGGAAAAGAAGGCAAAGGCAGACAUGGCAACCCAGGUCAGACCGCUCCCUGAGCUUGUUGCAGAGCCCACAGAUGCAAGGUCUAUGUCAUUCGUUGGCACUCAUGAAUACUUGGCACCUGAGAUCAUAAAGGGUGAGGGGCAUGGGAGUGCUGUGGACUGGUGGACUUUUGGCAUAUUCUUGUAUGAACUUCUUUUUGGCAAGACUCCAUUCAAAGGUUCAGGGAACAGGGCAACGCUAUUCAAUGUUGUUGGCCAGCCCCUCAGGUUCCCAGAAUCACCUGUUGUGGGUUUUGCUGCAAGGGAUCUCAUAAGGGGGUUGCUGAUCAAGGAGCCACAGCAUCGAUUGGCGUACAAACGUGGAGCCACAGAAAUAAAGCAGCACCCAUUCUUUGAAGGUGUUAACUGGGCAUUGAUAAGGUGCGCUACUCCUCCAGAUAUCCCCAAGCCAGUUGAAAUCCCUCGGCCAGGAGCCUCGACAAGUCAGAAGGCAACACCGUCAGCCGAGAAAGGUCCAGACAAUUAUCUUGAAUUUGAUUUCUUUUAG